GUUUUAUUGUAAUGUUUAUUUUGCAUGUAGGGCUUUAUUCUUGAAUUCUACUUUGAGCCAAAUGAAUACUUUACAAACAAGGUGCUAACUAAAGAAUAUGAUAUGAAAUGCGUUCCUGAAGAUGAUGACCCGUUCAGUUUCGAAGGCCCCGAAAUAUUCCGAUGCCGUGGCUGCACCAUCAAUUGGAAUAAAGGCAAAAAUGUCACGCUGAAAACAAUAAAGAAAAAACAAAGGCACAAGAGUAGGGAUCUAGUUCGUACAGUUACAAAAACUGUACAAAAUGAUUCUUUCUUCAAUUUCUUUUCUCCACCAGUCAUCCCAGAUGAUGUGAAUGAAGCUAAUAUGGAUGAAGAAAUUCGCAACAUUCUUACAUCUGAUUUUGAAAUUGGUCAUUACAUUCGUGAGCGCAUCAUUCCACGUGCCGCCCUUUAUUUUACUGGCGAUGCAACUGAAGAUGAUGAUUUUGAAGAGGAAGAAGCAGAUGAAGAUGACGAAGAAGAAGAAGAAGAAACUGACUCAGACGGGCAACCCGAACUGUCUUUUGGGAGUAUAAAGAAAGAAGAUUCAUAAAAUCAAAAAAUAUUAAUGAGAAAAAAAAUGCAAGCUUGGGAAUAACGGCAACUUUUAAAUGUUUAUUUUGUCUCUAACUUAUUUAUUGUCAGUUUUAUGUAUUAAAUUUGUACUAUCUCCCAA